AUGCGUCGCACACAGCACGCCAAGAUCACUGCUGUCACGCUGCUGGCGGUAGCGCUGCUGCUGUUGCUGGGAGGAACCGCACACACUGCCUCCGCGGCCGAGGCGUCGCGGGUGGUGGAGCUGACUCGUGACACGUUCGACGCGUACGUUGGCGGGCCUGACAAGUAUACGUUUGUUCUGUACUGCGUUAAGUGGUCUCGUCAGUGCAAGACGGUGAUUCAGCUGUGGCAUCGCUUGUCGAUCACUCAGUCGCAGAAGGAGCUGCGGGAUGUCUUCACCGCCGCGUACGUGGACGGCGAUAAGUACCCGGAUUUGGUCAAGCGGAUGAAUGUGAAGGGGUUUCCGACGAUGCUGUUCUACACCCCCCUGCACAUGGAGGGGCUCGAGUACAACGGGCCUCGCGAGUCGUACCUUCUGGAUAGCUUUGUGUUUCAGUUCUCGUAG